AUGUGUAUAAGAGACAGCGUCCCCUGCCUGCACGACGCGUCCCCUGCCUGCACGACGCGUCCCCUGCCUGCACGAAGCGUCCCCUGCCUGUACGUCGCCUGCGGUAGCAGUCGAUCAGGCGAGGGAAACGAGGAAACUUCCAAGAAGGCUUACACAUCGCAGAGGCCGCUGUCGCCUGGGGCGGAUGCUCCCAAAUUAGUCCGGCAGAUUGUCUCCCUAUCUCACUCCCACUCCGCUCUCCCCCUGCCUCCAGCUUCCCUCUCUCACUCCCACUCCGCUCUCCCCUUGCCUCCUCCAGCUUUCCUCUCUCACUCCCACUCCGCUCUCCCCUUGCCUCCUCCAGCUUUCCUCUCUCACUCCCACUCCGCUCUCCCCCUGCCUCCAGCUUCCCUCUCUCACUCCCACUCCGCUCUCCCCUUGCCUCCUCCAGCUUUCCUCUCUCACUCCCACUCCGCUCUCCCCCUGCCUCCAGCUUCCCUAUCUCACUCCCACUCCGCUCUCCCCCUGCCUCCAUCGAGACCAAGCAUGACUGGGUGGGCAGCAGUCGAGACCAAGCAUGACUGGGUGGGCAGCAGUCGAGACCAAGCAUGA